AACUGACAACCUCACAAGGUUCAUCGAUAAAUAUAGGGAAUCCCCCUGCUUAUGGGACGCAAGAAAUAAAUACUAUAAAAACCACAAUGUGAGAAGGGCAACACUUGUAAAAUUUGCCAAAUAUAUGCAGACCUGGAUACCUGAGGUCACUUCCACUGUGAUCCAGAACAAAAUAAACAACAUCAGGAACACGUACAGGAAGAGAUAUCUCCAAGUGCGUGUGUCUCGGAGGUCAGGAGCAGCAGCAGAUGAAGUAAAGGAGCCCAAGCUGUGGUACUUCAAAUACAUGCGGUUUCUGGAUGAUCAGUUUGAGGCCCCCGGAAUCACUUUCUAGUCUUCCUCCCACCCUUCCUUACAGCGUGCCUUCCACGGUUCCCCCCACCCCUGCAGAGUGUGACGAGGAGCUGGCUGACAUUGAGGAGGCAGAUCUGCUCAUCUUCGAUGAGAUUACCUCAACAGCUGGAAGCGCUAAUGAUGCUUUUCAAGAUACAGAAAGAAAGAGACCACUGGACUGUAAGAAGGCAUUUGCUGACAAAGAUAGCUACUAUUCAGCUGUUCUGGAUUUGCCCAUUGCUAUAUUUUAAGUAAUUUAAGUCUAUGUUCACUUGAUUUAUGUGGAAGAUUCUUUUUAACAAUCAUUUUGGCUGCAGAAUGAGACUUCUUGUGGUGAAAUUAAUCCUAAUUUGGGCCUACUCUGCUCAAGGAGGAAUACCAGCUGUGCCAUGGAAGGUGCAGUGCCCAUCACAGUGUGUGUGCCAGAUACGUCCGUGGUACACUCCAAGAUCAGCCUACAGUGAGGCCAAUACUGUCGACUGUAAUGACCUUUUUGUUUCAUCUGUUCCAAGUGCCCUGCCAGCUGGAACACAUACACUUCUUCUGCAGAGUAACAAUAUUGCACACUUGGAGCUGCAAGAGUUGGAUUAUCUGGAAAACCUGACAGAGCUGGACUUGUCUCAAAACAGCUUCUCUCACAUCAGAGACUUUAAAGCCAGAGACCUACCAAAUCUUGUAAGCCUUCACCUUGAAGAAAAUCAGCUGGAAAGCCUACCUGAAAAUAGUUUCUUUGGACUUGAGAGUCUGGAAGAAUUGUACCUGAACCAUAACCAGUUGUCUGUGAUACAUUCUCAAGCUUUUUUAGGACUACGGCAUCUAUUACGCCUGCAUUUAAACUCCAAUUUACUGACAAGCUUAGACAGUCAGUGGUUUAAAGAAUUGCCAGCUCUAGAGGUAUUGAUGGUUGGUGGCAAUAUGGUGAGCUCAAUUCUGGAUAUGAAUUUUAAGCCAUUGUUCAACUUAAGAAGUCUUGUUUUGGCAGGCAUGGGUCUUAAGGAUAUAUCAGGCUUUGCACUAGAAGGUUUGCAGAAGUUAGAAAGUCUCUCUUUCUAUGACAACAAACUUAUUGGAGUACCCAAGGAAGCCCUGCAAAGGGUGCCCAACUUGAAGUUUCUAGAUCUUAAUAAGAACCCAUUGAGCAGAAUUAAACAAAAAGAUUUUGAAAAUAUGGCUCAACUAAAAGAACUGGGGUUAAACAGCAUGGAGGAAUUAGUAUCUAUUGAUGAAAUGUCUCUUGUAAAUCUGCCAGAACUGACCAAGCUGGAAGUCACCAACAAUCCAAAACUGUCUUUCAUUCAUCCUCGAGCCUUCCAAAAACUUCCCCGAAUGGAAACAUUGAUGCUUAAUAAUAAUGCUCUAAGUUCUUUGCACAGAGAGACUGUUGAAUCAUUACCAAACCUGCAGGAGAUUGCUAUGCAUGGCAAUCCACUUAGAUGUGAUUGUGUUAUUCGUUGGGUGAAUGCAACAGCACCCCAUGUUCGUUUUAUGGAGCCUCAGUCAACAUUAUGUGCUGAACCCCCAGAGUUAAGGCGCACACAAUUACGAUUAGUUCCAUUUCGAGAGAUGAGUGACCAUUGUCUGCCCCUAAUUCCUGUACCAAGUUUUUCUCCACGUGUACGUGCAUCUAGUGGUCAGAGUAUUACAUUACACUGCCGAGCCCUUGCUGAACCACAACCAGAAAUUUACUGGGUCACACCCUCUGGGGAAAGGCUUACAGUGACUGCAGACUGGGGUGGCUACAAAGUACAAGAGGAAGGAACACUGGAAAUACAGGUAGUGUCAUCAGCGCAUGCAGGUGUAUAUACAUGUGUAGCUCAAAAUCUGGUGGGAACAGAUUACAAGAGCGUAUAUCUUAUGGUCAACCAGAUAUCCCCAACUAGCGAAAACCCAGUGCAGCUUCAAGUGGGAGAAGUGGGCGAGCGUCAUUUAUUACUCUCCUGGAUUCCACCUCUCAAUGCACUUGGUUGCAGUCUUCGCUGGAGUUGCUUAACACCAGGUGCCAGCGUGGAGCGGGCAAGACUCCCUGUUGGGUUAAAUUCAUACAACGUCACAAGACUACUUCCAGGAGAGGAAUGCAGAGUGUGUCUUCGAGUUUCCAUUCUUGGAGGCAGAGUGAGAACAGCUUGUGCUAGUGCUAGAACAAGGGACACUGGCACAGGUUAUAAGCACAGAGGGCAAAAAGCUCUCACUGCACUAGCCUUCUGCUUACUUCUGGCUGUGAUUGGUUUACUUGCACGCUAUCGUCCUGGUAGUAGGACAGAUCCCACAUCAACAUGGUCUCUAACUGGAAGAGUUAUUUACCCACCCAUCAUACAUCAGUGGGACAAAGACAAAAAAGAAGAAUGUAUCUCAGGCAUCAAUGUGCCAGCAACCCCUCUGUGGUAAUGGGUUUCAACAGAGUUAUCUCUGACACUUUCCCAGAGAACAAACGACGGAGAGUAGUGCCUUGGAAGGAAAGAAAAAAAAAUGCCCAAGAAUGGAUAUCAGGCAGACAAAUAAUGGGGAAAAUUCACCAUGGGGGUAGAGAACUGUACAAAAAGAAGCAGAAAGGCAAGUACAAAUACAAUUUUACAUACCAGGAAACCUACAAACCUAAUGAGAACUUACAAAUGUGUAGAUGCUCAUGUAGAGAACAAAGACCCUGCUGUACACCUACAAAGAAAUCAAAUAAAAAAAUGCAUGAAAGACUACUUUCUCAAUGCAGACACACAUUUAAUAAAAAAGCACCAUGCAUUUUGUAAAGCUACUGUCAUUAUAAGUGAUAUAAUUAUACCAGAGGUGUAUAUGCUUCAGAAUGCUGUUAAUCCGUUGCUGUGCAGUGUUUUCUUGGACUCCAAAAUGCCUUGGAACUAUAAAUGAAAAGGUUUAUCUCCAAUUAGUUUUGUGUUUAAACUAGGAGUAAUGAAGAAAUAUUAAGAACAGCUCAGAAUAGGCCUGCUCUGUCAACUAGUGGAGAAAAACAAUGCAGAAAUACAACCUAGAAGCAAGCCAACAUGGUUCCCCAUGUCAGUUUCAAGGGAGGGGAAGGUGUAGGUGCUCCAUGUAUUUGGACUGUAUGAAGUUGAAACAAAAUUGAACUUCGCAGAAGCAGGCAGCAAGACUCAACUUUAAAUUUGUUCCCAACUAAUAUGUACAAGUGUGGUUGUUAUAAUAAAGCUGUAAACAGCAGUGCUGUCA